AUGUGGAUGAAGCGAAUGAAAUGGUUGAUGGUCUUGAUCUUUGUGACACCAGCGGCUACUGAUUGGAACCUAGUUAUUUCAAGAGUUUACAUGCAACCAUUGUUCGGUGGAUUUGCUUCUGAAUACACGAGAAAAGUUCCAUGGGCCAAACAAUCUCGUUUCCAAUUGUUUUUCAUCUCCGUUGCAUUAUUCUUCACUAUCACCUGCUAUUCAUACACUCUCCACUCCCUUAUAACCCUUCCCAACCGGAUCAUAACUGCAGAAAAAACUUUAACGAUAGCAACCGCCUAUGUAUCCAUCGGAUAUGUGGUUCUCGCUGGAAUGCAAUUUUUCUUUGCCUUUUUCCCUUAUCUACUUAGCGAUGCAUUCUACGCAAUCUCUACACUUGCAUAUGACUUUUUGAAUGUUGGGAGCCCCGUCAUUAUGAUAAUGGUGACUGAAAGUUUAAGACACCAUGUAUUCAGAUCGAAAUCUGCUACACAACAAAAUCAGAAUUCAGGAGAUCAUGUGUUCUUGGUGGGUGUUAUGAUUGUGGUGAAUCACUCGAAAACUUGCAAAUUUAUAAUUCAAUCUUUGCUGGUUUUGAAUCGAAUGACAUGUGUAAUGUAUCCAACUUCUCAUAUCAAAAUGUGGAUGAAGCGAAUGAAAUGGUUGAUGGUCUUGAUCUUUGUGACACCAGCGGCUACUGAUUGGAACCUAGUUAUUUCAAGAGUUUACAUGCAACCAUUGUUCGGUGGAUUUGCUUCUGAAUACACGAGAAAAGUUCCAUGGGCCAAACAAUCUCGUUUCCAAUUGUUUUUCAUCUCCGUUGCAUUAUUCUUCACUAUCACCUGCUACUCAUACACCCUCCACUCCCUUAUUACCCUUCCCCACCGUAUCAUAACUGCAGAAAGAACUUUAACAAUAGCCACCGCCUAUGUAUCCAUCGGAUAUGUGGUUCUCGCUGGAAUGCAAUUUUUCUUUGCCUUUUUCCCUUAUCUACUUAGCGAUGCAUUCUACGCAAUCUCUACACUUGCAUAUGACUUUUUGAAUGUUGGGAGCCCCGUGAUUAUGAUAGUGGUGACUGAAAGUUUGAGACACCAUGUAUUCAGAUCGAAACCUGCUGAACAAGAAAAUCAGAGUCACGUGUUCACGGUGAUCAAGAGUCGCAGUGUAUCUUGA